CUCUGGCUCAGCCGUUUGUUUACAGUCCCUAGCUUCCCCCUCUUCGCAUUGCUCUGGGCAAGUGUAUGUUCAGUUCUUCGCUGAUCGAGCGGAGGCCUCUCUGGUCAGAUGAGCCAGGCUGAAAAAAUUCUUUGGAGCAGUUGAUGAGGAACAAACAAGGAUGAAGUUACCAGAUCAAAUGGCAUAAAUAAUGGAGCUUCUAGAGCUCUGGUGUCUAUUCUGUGGAAUUCUAAUCUGGUGGGCUGAAUGAUGUUGAACUCUUCCAAAGAAAGGUCCCACUAUAGAGUGUCUGGUUUUCACAGGAAAAAACAACACAAACGAUUAAAAGCCCUCAAUUUUUGCUGUUCAUCAACUGCUUUGGAGAAUAAAAGUCUGAUUCACCGUUGCUUGCCAAAUCAAGCCAUGAUAAAUGUUUUACAGAAGAGCUGAAACCUUUCAAACAACACCCAAGCCUCAGCAUUGAUGCAAGAGAAGCUAGUCAAACAUUGCAAGAUGACAGACGAGCCUAUUAAAGAGAUCUUGGGAAGUUCCAAGUGUCCUCAGUGUGCAACGCAGGAGAAAAGCAACAACAAUGACUACAGGGUAAUAGCUGUCCCUUUAGUGAGCGAAUGCCAACUGACGGCUGCUACAGGGGGAGCUGAACUCUCCUGCUACCGCUGUACAAUCCCAUUUGGGGUGGUGAUCCUCAUUGCUGGUGUGGUCGUCACUGCAGUGGCAUAUAGCUUCAACUCCCAUGGAUCCAUCAUCUCCGUGUUUGGUUUGAUUCUCUUGUCAUCUGGACUCUUUUUGCUGGUGUCAAGUGCAUUGUGCUGGAAAAUCCGCCAGCACCACAAGAAGACCAAGAGGCGUGAAAGCCAGACAGUUCUAGUGGCUAACCAGAGGAACCUGUUUGCUUAAGAACUACAUUAAAAAAAAAAACCCUCUAAAAAAAGACAGAGAGAAUGCAAUGGGUCACAGUGCACAAAUCUAUUUAUUUUCAUUUGGGCUACAGGAUGUCUUUUAUUAAUGACUGUUUGGAUUUAUCAAUGUUAAGUAAAGAGUUCUUGCAAAAUCAGGAAUAAUUGGUAUCCGUUUUAUCAUAAACAUAUUUCAAGGUGAAUUAGGUUUAGUAGUUUCUUCCUUCCAUUUAGUCUCCUAUCGGCAUUUACCCCUCUCUCCGUUUAUAUUAUAAACUUAAAAGCAAGAUAAGCUAAGGUGAGAAAACCUGUUAUAGUCAAAGAUAGCAGUAAGCAAUUGAUAAUGUAUAUAUGCCCAUAAGAACAAGGUAAUUCUUUGUUAACAGCUAUCUCUUUUCAUAGAAUUAUUUGUUUCAAGUAUAUAUAUAUAUAUAUAUAUAUGUAACAAGAGCUUACCUUGAAUUACUUUCCUAAGAAGCAACUUUUGAAAGUGAUUGGGAAGAGGAGCCUGUGAACAAUUCUAUCAUGGCUAAUAGUUGCAAAUAAAUCUGUGUCACUAUAGUAGUAAAUAAUUCUAUAUUUUUCUGUCCUACAAAAGGCAGGGAAGCACCUAAACUUUAGCUGUUUUUCUACUCCAGAUUUCCCUUGAAAAAUCAGCUUCUACCUGUUGUUUACCUUGGUGUGGAACAAAGAGGUCCUGGUGCCUCAGUACCAUCUCCCAAACUGAAAAUAGCAAUUUCAUUGCAUGCUUCAUUGAUUAGCAUGUUUGCUUGAUUUACAAAGAGUUGCAAAUAAAACAAUUCCCUUUUUUCCUUCUCCACCCAUUUGGAAAACCCAUCUUGAAAUGUUAUUUGCCUCCCCGUCCUUAUGCAUUGCCUCUACUUACUGCCCUCCUCCUCAGCUCCGUCCUCUGCACCAAAGAUUUUUGUUGUUGUACUCCAAGUUAUUCCGAAUGCUUGGAUAAUGUUGGAAACAGGAAAUGUCAGGAAAAUUGAGAAGACGAUCAGAAAACACCUAAAAGUGCCAAAAGCCUGCUCAUGGCUUUCUCCUCCGAUUUUGUGGCAUUACGUUUUCAAUAGAUGAAAAGUUCGCGUACAUAUUUCAUCAACUUAUUUUUUUAAGGCCUAUAGUAGCUGCAUUAGUGAAUUCUCAGAUCACUUCUCUACUCUUGUUUUGUUCCUAAGAAAUUUAUGGUACUUUUUCAAGAGAAAUAUUGAACUUUUUAAAAUUUUGGGUGCUCAGGGGAGGGGGAUUAAUACUUAAGAAAUAGUUAAUCUCUAUGCUUAUUAGCCCAAAGUAAACAAAAUAUCUGUAUAGCUAAAAGUGACUUUUUUCUAUAAAUUUCAUUAUUAUAAUGCUCUCAUACUUAGCACUUUGGGGUGGUUUUGAUAUUUUUUUAAUGAACCCUUCAUUUUAAAAAUAAUAAACAAUUUCUGCUGCUAGAGCUUCACAAGGUUUAGUUAUUUCUAUUCUGAUCUGGUACAAGUAAUCCUCUGCUUACGACCACAAUUUAGCACAAAAUGUAUGUUGCUAAGUGAGAAAUUUGUUAAAGGAGUUUUGCUCCAUUUUAUGACUUUUCUUGUCACAUUUGUUAACUGAAUCACUGUAGUUGUUAAAUUAGUAACACGGUUGUUAAGUGAAUAUGGUAUUCCCGUUGACUUUGCUUGUUAGAAGGUUGCAAAAGUGAUCACAUGACCUGGGAUACUGCAACCAUCAUAAAUGUGAGUCAGACAUCAAACAUCCGAAUAUCAAUCACAUGACCAUGGGGAUGCUGCAGUGGUCAUAAGUGUGAAAAAUGGUCAUAAGUCACUUUUUUCAGUGCGGUUGUUAACUUCAAAUGGUCACUAAAUGAACAGUUGUAAGUCGAGGACUACCUGUACUGAUCCAUCCCAGAAGACCAGUAUGGAUAUGAGUGAUACGAAUGCACAGCCAGAGACGACUUCAAUGUAUUUUGUUCAUCCCUGCCCCACUGAAAUUCUAAGGAACACGUGAAACUAGAGAGGAAGAACAUUAAACUAUGCAGAUGGAACUUUUAUCCAGUCCCUGAAAGCUUGUACAAUUACUGAUUAUUAAGUGCAGUUGAACCUCUAAAAGUUUGCUAAUGUUGAACUUUCUCUUCUGCAUCUUUAUUUAAGAAAUGUAUGGGGCAGUGUAUGCAAAAUUUAUGUUAAAAACUUAAAAUACAAUAAAAGAUCCUAUGAACCAA